AAGCAUAAAGUGACUGAAGUGAUCAUGAGCGUGAGGAGGUCUUCGCUGCUGUCCCUCACCUGCGUGUUUUUACCUGCUGUCGGAUUUGCGCUGACAUGCAUUGGGGCCUACCUGGUGUCCCUGCAACCGGACACCAGGCUUAAGUCUGUACCUGUUUAUGCCCUGAUUGUUUUUGGUUUUUUGGCCAUGCUCAUCGGGGUCUUCUAUGUCCUCUGCAAGAGCAUGACGAGUAAGCUGUACCAGAGAAGACCCAGUGAGCGGCACAUCCAGAUCUUCGCUAUUGAAAGACCACGCUCCUCUCCUCCAUCGUACGAUGAGUCUCAAACAAACCAAAUCCGUCCCGGUCGUCUGCCUGAGGUAGCUGUGCCUGUUGAUGGAGUGGACGUAACGCUGGGUUUGGCUCCUCCACUUUACAGCCAGGACUGUUCUGAGGCCCCAAACUGCACAUGGAGCUGGGAGCCUCCACCACAGUACAGUCAGGUGGCACACAUCCAGCAUGGACAAAUAGAUCAAGGAAGGCUUUUUCCCUGA